AUGGAGUACAGCUCCUCAGAAGGCAAUCUGGAUGACAUGCUGUUCCAGAGGCGCUCCAUGAAUGAGACAGAGCUGGCAGAAAUCGACAAGAAAGAGGAGUCCGAGCGGUUUUUCAAUGAUCUUGAGAAGAACAUCUCGAUGGCUGGAACGACAAGUGUCUUUAGCAACCCAAUCCUGCAAGCAGAAGACACAAAGAUGUCAUUAGAGCACGACCGUCAAAUUCAAUUGUUUGAAGAAUACAUCAAGAAGGCUGGUGAAACGAACGACGAAGCUAAACGUUACAGACUAUUCACUGAUUACAUGACAAGUAAGAAUCGGGCUCCUACUUUGGAUAAAUUCGAGUUGUUUGGCCGUUUGAUCAAAUACCAGCAGCGUUUGGAGGAUCCGACAGAGCAUAAAGCAGAAAAAUACAGGAAGAUUGUCAACAAGUUGCACGAAGAAUUCCUAGGAUAUCUUCCUGCAGAUCCGCCUGAGGAUCCUCCGGAGAAAGGCUUCAGGUUGAAGACCACGGACUCGACGGACAGCGACGACCUGAGCAACUACACAGUCAGCAAGCCUGAACCUGAAAGAGUCAUUUACGAGAGGUGUGGUAUUUUUGAAAUACCCGUCCCAGAGCAGGCAGACUUUGACCGCUUCGAUGCCGACAUGAUGCAAGCGUCUGAGACUGCAUUCGAUUCUUGGGACAUGUUUAAAGUCACCGAGAUCAUGGAAGAUGGAGGCUUGUUCGAAACUGCUCCACUUAUUGUUAGCAUGGAAUGUGAAGAUAUUUUCUCUUACAUGAGGAACAACACAGGUUUGGGAUGGAUAGAGGCGAUGGGUGGAGCAGAUCACUAUCUUCUUGGCGACGCGAAGCCAUGCGUGCCUACGGGAGCUGUUCCGUUGUCCAAAGAAAUCUUCUAUUCGGAGGUUGGAUGGAUACCAAAGCAGGACCGCAUGAAUGACGGAGACCUCUUCAACACAACCUACAUCAGGCCAUCGCAAUAUGGCACGCCGAUUUAUUCUGACGAGAUUCCUGAUAAAGAAGGAUACUGGAGAGUUCGAGCGAUGGGGCCUUACGUGGUAUUCAGUAACAUUUACAACCUUUGCGAGAUCUUCCUCACGCCCCAAGGAUUCUUCAUGCUCGGUGGUUUGCUCCGAUAUUCAAGGGGCCCACAGGCACUCCGGGUUGAAUAUGGAUUAGCUGGCUGUGUGUCUGGGUACAACAAGUUCUUCUGUCUGUCAAACACAGAAGCAAGGAAGAUACUCGGCCUACCUUGCCCGCAACAAGUGAUCGGUGAAGCGUCCAGCAUCCAAGCGCUACGAAAGUGGACAGAGGUGUGCGGGUGGCACGACCUUGAACGGAGGCUCUUCAAACGUGGCAAGACGGAGCAGGAUGCCCUCAACGAGAUCAUUCGGGAGAUCAAAUGGAGGGAAGAGAUCCAGGCGUUCAUUGACCCUGAGGCCCCAAUGCAGAGAGAGUUCUUCGAGUACAAGGAUGGUUAUGUACAAUUGAAAGGGGUUGGCCAGAAGAGAUCGUGGACACCAAGACCAAACAAGUUCCAACUGCUGCGUCCAGUUGACUUGGAGGCUGACGAGAGGCAGGUGCUCUGGCGGAUGGGACAAGGAUUCCAGCUCGACUACCCUUGGGCGAGCGAAAACUUUGUGUUGAAAUUCGUUGUCGCGGGAGGGAAAAAGCGUGUUAUCAUUACAUCAAAGCAAGACGGCAAAGCGGUCGCCGAAUAUGAUGGUAUGACAAACUUUGUACUUCCCAACGAUCUCAUUUGA